CUUUCACACUCGAGUAGUAUCGAUCGACAAUACGGCCGUUUUGGAGACAACGCAGGUACCAAAGUAAUUCACUGGCGCAACCGAUCGUGGACCGCGCUCACAUGGUGUCUUUAAGGGGCCUGACUGAGAUGGGUGGCUGUUUAGUAUACAAACAAGAAAUUGCCUUAAUGACAUAAAGACCGACAGGUUUGAUAUGGAGAAGGAAUAGAUGAGCUAUUAGGUUCGUAAGAAAACUGUUGUCGAUGACGUGAGGUACAUGAGGUUGCACGCACUGCAUUCCCCGCACCCGAAGUCCGAGACAAUCUGACCAAUCACAGCGUGUAGAAGCUGAGAUAGACCUAUACCUCAAUCCAUUUCUGGCACGGAUAAUGGCUCUUGAUAAGCGUACCGUCUAUUAUAAGUCAAACGAGCCUCAGCUUUCAACAUGCCUCUGGUCUCCUGCGUUCAUUCCUUUACAAAAUGACCUCACAAGCUCGUAAUUUCUUCCAACGCUUCCCUCCUGCAGAAUGCCUUGCGCUAUUCAUCGCCACCCUUGAGCUUUUACCGUUUGGUGUUGCCGGUCUAAGCAACCCGACAGCCUUCGCAGAUGGUUAUGGACUGCCCAUACAAGGAUCUUCGACCACAUCAUCAACUUCGACAAAGCGAGGCGCCGACGGGUUAUUCAGCGAAUCCGCUACAGAAACAUCGGAAAAGUCCCUGAGAUCGUUUGAGGAGGACCAGAAGAUUAAGAAAGCGCUGGUGGCUGCGAUUGCGGCGCGGAACGUGCAGAACGGUGUCCUGCUGUUUACCUUUGGCCUGGUCUUGAGAGAUCGCAGAAGUCUCGGGGUCGCGGUCGCGGCGGGUCUGGUGGCUACACUCGCUGAUACGGUCAUCGUAAAAGCCUACGGUGCAAAGGAUAAAAUUGCUGGCCAUUAUGUUGGGAUAUUUAACAGCUUAGCAAUCGGUGGAAGUCUGUUGUAUUGGGGUCGCAAUGACCCAUUGUGUAUGGCCUAUAAGCACGUAUACUUGCAACUGGAACCUUCGCCUUUCGCGGAACUGGCGGGCUACGAGCAACCCGGCGCAAAGGAGCGAGCAGCAGCAGGAACUAUCUCUGGAAAGGCUCCCAGGACUCAGCCCAGCAGAUCAGAAAUGCUCUUCCCAAGUCCUUUGGUUUUGCCCCACGAUGAUCUGAAUUACGACCCAGAUUGUUUGCCACAGGACUGCAAGAAGUGGCAGUCUAUGAAGACGCGCAACAAAAUGACGAAUCUGAAACGCAAGAUUCUGUACAUCUCACGUGUACCAGAGAUGAGUGAGGAAACAAACUUUAUGCGUAGUUGGACGAGACUAUGCAUGGGCGGACGCAACGCGACUGAGAUGACAAGUCCGGAUGCUGAACUGUUCGUCGAAUACCUCAAAGCCUUUUACCAUGGAAUGGACGUUCGAGUAUUGCCACAACAGUUAAGUUGGAAGUUGUGGGACAAGUCGUCACGCCCAUAUCGUCGGGCCAAUCUCCCAAAAUUUGUAGGGCUUGCCGACGAAAACAAUUCCAUGACCCGGGUUCGCGUUCGUAGCGUUCCAGAUAAGGCCUUUGCGGCCCAGCUCAAUCUUGACGAUAUUCUUGACACUGGAAUAGAGAUACUUCCAGCUGAUGCCUACGCACUCUUGCUUCUGGUGGACCACGACAUCUACGAAAACGAGGACGAUGACUUCUGCUGUGGUCGCGCAUACGGAGGAAGUCGUGUAGCGGUAGUACAAACGGCACGCUACAGCCCAAUGCUUGAUGCGGCUGAAGGGAUAGAUCGAGACCACAUGUGGCCAAUGAGUCAUUGCAAAACGUUUGUCGAUGACCUGUGCGCAGUCGAGGAAGUUGUAGCAAAGGCACCAACCAAAGAACAGAGGAAAAUGAGCAAAGAAAGCGCAAUCAGAGCAGCUGUUGAUGCGGCGAGUGGGUUCGCUGGAAAUGGUGCUGGAGAAAGGGACGUGCAAGCACUGUGGCUCGCACGACUCGCGAGAACUGUGUCACAUGAGCUUGGGCAUUGUUUCGGCAUAGCACAUUGCGUGUACUAUGCUUGUAACAUGCAGGGUACCGCAGGUAUGAAGGAGGACGUUCGCCAACCUCCGUACCUAUGUCCGGUCUGCGAAGCGAAGGUUGGCCAUGCCAUCGUGGAGGAACUGCUCAGCGACCAAGCGCUGGAAAAGGAAACAUGGGUUUCGCAACGAUGCGUGGUGAUUAGUGAUUUUUGUCAAAAGUUGGAGACAGAAGGAUUAACCACUGCAAUGUGGAAGGGCCUAGAUGCCUGGCUCUCGGACAGAAUCAGACGCGCUGGACAGCCUCAACGAGGACGAGUCUCCAUUAAGCAUUUUGGUUACCUACUUGCUUUUGAUGACAAAGUGAAGGAGGUGCAGGAACGAAACACCAGCCAUUGA